AUGUUCUCUGCAUAUAAUAUUAUCUCCAGCUUUGAAGAUGAAUUUCUUGCCUCUUUCAUCGGACUAACAUCCCAUUUAUCAAGACAACCACUAUUUCCUGGAAAAUCAUAUUAUUUGACUGCCAUUGUGCUAGCUACCGUGGACAGUGGUAGCUUGGACAAUAUGCAUUGUGUUGGUUCUGGUAAUUCACUGAGAGUUGCACAAGGAGAAGCUUCCGAAGUAGAGAAGAAAGUUUUGGCGAUUAGACAAUGCAUACACACACACAAAACAUCCACUUCUAUUUCCUUGCUUUACCACCAGUGA